CUCGACUCUCUUUGAAGAUGAAGAUGGUGAUGAUGAUGUUGAUGAUGGUGGUUUUUAUCUCUGCUGGUCAUCUUCCUCCUCCUCUCAUGAGUUCUCACCUGCUGAACAUCAGAGAGGGAAACUCCACCAGUGUCUCACCUGUGGCGCCCCCCAUCGCGCGACGGUGCGUCUUCUCCACCUGUCUCACAGCCAACCUUGGCUCCUCCCUUCAGGUCGGGGACGAGGAGGCCGGUGCCGCCGCUUCUGACCCGUUUGGCAAUGGAAAGAAGUGACAGAAAGCAACUGCUUGCAUUAUCAUCUGUGAUCGUUUAUUAAUGAAAAGCACCCUGGGAGUUGUGGUUCACAGUGAAGUAGCUGGUGUUUAAAUAUAAGUGUGUUUAUCAGCUUUUAUUUCUUUCUAAUCAGAUGAGAUAAACAAUUACAUAAGUAGUCAGAGCAGUUCUGAGGAUUUGUUCAAAUGUGAUUAAAAUAAUCAAUAUUAUUGUGUUGUCCUUCUGAUUGAAUAAAAUGUAGUCAAAUUUCA